UUAGGUUAGGUUAGGUCAGGUUAGGUUAGGUUAGGUCAGGUUAGGUUAGUGACCGAUAAAUAAAUGGUGGUAGUGAUAAAAAUACUAAAAAAAUCACUGUUGAACUGUUUUUUUUCGUGGAUGAGACAAUAUUAAUGGCUACGUAAUGGUUUAUUUAUAUUUAUUUCCCUCAGAAUGACUGAUGAAUGACUAAUGUAAUGGUGGCAAACUGAGUACCUUCAUACGUGGAUGAAAUAAAAGUACUAGCAAACUACUCCUUUAUUAAUUUUUCCCUCAAGCGACCAAGGAACACAUGGUGCGAUAGUAAAUAUUCUUGUUCUCUGCCCUUCUGAAUCCUUCCUGAUCACUUCCUGCGUGGACGAAACAAAAAAUUAUGAAACAUUUGCAUCAACUGUUUUCUCUCUCUUGAGUGACAAACGAAUAAGUGGUGUUAUCAUGCUCUUCUAUAAAAAUAUGUGUAGACGAAACGAAAACAACAUCCAAGUGACCGAUACACGAGGGUCAGAGAUAGGAAAAAUACGGUGGCAGCGGUGGGAAUGCGGUGGGGUGGCAUGGCACCGAAGAUUUUUUUUUUCCUUUUUUAUGUAAGAGUUCUAGGUAGGGCUGCAUAAAAGCAUAGAAAGGCCAACUGAAGGCGCUGGUCCCUAAAGUGGAUAGUCAGAAAAAGGUUUAGUAAAUAAGGAAAUGAGUUAGAUCUUAAAUUACAAUAACGGGUAAUUCCUCCUCUAAUUUCUAUUAUUUCCUUUCUUCAGGCGCGGCGGACAGCUGGGAGGGGCCUCUGCUUCCCUCGCACUGCCCAGCAUCACCACCACCAUCACCACCAGGACAACCUUUUAUCUGCUGCCUCUCAUCAUAUCCUCCCUGCACAUGCAACACCAAUAAACACAAGAACGUAGGUGAAUCUCCUCCCUGAAGAAUACAGGUGACAUUGCAGUGGGUUAUUGAAGUGUUGCAGUGAGGGAGGCCAGUAAGAUCUAGAACAAGCUGAAGGAAACGCUGAAGGAGACACUGAAAGAGAAAGGCAACACAUUCAAGGUGGCGCCGGUUGUGUUCCUCACUGUAAUGUAGAAAUCCACCAAAAAGACAAACAAACGUACCUGUGAUAGCGAUACCAAAACUAACCUCACAAAAAAAAAACAUAAUUAGUAUGGUAAAAAAUAAAUACAUACGACGCCAAAUGAUCUCGCAUAAUAAAUCAAGGCCAUAAAUUUUACGCUGAAACAAAAUAGUCAGGCAGGGCGCGCGUGGCUGCAGCAGAACCAGGCCAGGCCAGAGAGAGAGAGAGAGAGAGAGAGAGAGAGAGAGAGAGAGAGAGAGAGAGAGAGAGAGAGAGAGAGAGAGAGAGAGAGAGAGAGAGAGAGAGUCAUAGUAACACGAAUACCGAAACUCACAUUUCUACGUCAGUCCACAUGCCUAGUUAGGAAGCAACAGAUAAUGGCUUUAAGAAAUUAACAAACAUUCACACAACAGGAAGAUCGACCAAACGUCCAGAUUUUGACACUCAGAUCAACUUUCCCUUAGACAGCAACACAUAAGCCACACGGCAAUGCAAAUCCACAUAUUCAGAUCUUGAGAAGUCACCAGUACCGCCCAAACUAGAGAAGCGACGACGAGACUUCCACUUUUCACCACGCAGACCACCUGGUACCUUGGCACCAGUGUAAGAGAGGGACUGGGAUACAAGUCCACAAAUCAGGGACGCAGCUGGUGAGGCGAGUGAGGGGAGGAGUCACCAGAUGUUCCCAAGCCUCUCCUUCGCCUUGAGUCACGAGUGCAAGUAAAGGAUCGCAGUGGCAGAAUACGCCUCACUGGAUUUAAAGGGUAGCGCAUGAAGGAUAAAGGGUAUUGCUACUAACACACAGUCAUCCAGGCCAUUUGCUGCUUAAACCCUGACUCAUGAGUAUCACCGCAGUAACGUCUGUGAUUGAAAGCCUGUGUUUCAGCGGGAUUAAGUGAGGUACCUUUAAGCUCUGUGUGUCAGCAAGCGCCGCUACACUCCAUUCAUCAUUUCUCACCUCCAUGAUCCCUCACCCGCAGUGAAUUAAGCCCGAUGAUCAAAGCCAACACACCCACCACUCACAGCACGGGAUCCACAUAACAAGUAGUGUUUUGACAUACGUAGAAAGAAAGAAUAGUCACUUAACUGAGGAGCGUUGGCAAACCAGGCCAUAGUUCAAACUAAACACUUGAGCCAUAAACCUUAACGCUGCGCCGCCUGUCGAGAACGGAGGGGGCAGGAAGAGCAAAGAUGAGCCACGGCAGUUCCAAACACCAGGUGAGGCCGCGUGCACCUGAAGCCCUCCAUUAACUAAGUACCCAUCGGCUAGUCCAGUUAUAACGAAGAUUUCCCCUCUAUCUCUAACAUCAAAGCUUGAAGGGAGGAGGUUGUCCAGGGGAGCUUUGUGAAAGGAAUCAGUGGGCUCUAUUCAAAUAGCCGCAUCAUUCCCUAGCCCCACGUGGUGCUGUGUUAUGUAAUCAGAACACAGACACAGACACACAGGGCGGAGGGUGGAAGAGGAGUCCCAUCCAGAAAGUCUUCAUCGCAAGCAUCGAUCAAGAGGAAAGUAAUAAAAAUUCGUAAUGUGAACCCAAAGUUAGCCGGUGAUAUUGAUUUCCGGGAAGAGGAACUUGCAGCGAGCAGUUGGUGGAGGAAAGUUGUCACUAAUCAAACUUUGAGAAAAAAUAGAAUUACCUCGACGCGAUACAAAACAGUGAUAAGACACAAGAUCCGUUGACUGCACCAGUGAAACUAACCUAAGAACAUUAAAGUAAAGACAGUAUAUACGUAAAUACAUCCGCACCCACACCCACCCACCCACCCACCCACACACACACACACACACACACACACACACACACUAAGAGUACCAAACAGACUAAAACACCACCAUAUCCUCAUUACCACCACUGUCAUCACCACCACCAAGAACAACAACAACAGCAAAAUAACGCCACCACUACCACCACCACCACCCCCACAAACACCACUCAUGAUGUCGGGGGGCGGCAACGACUGGGCCCAGCACCUUCCCCUGCUGGAGAAGUAUCUGCCCCGCGAGAGCCUACUGUCCAUCCUGCCAAACGUGUCACAAGAGAACCUGGAGCUCUUCGUCAGCCUUAUGAGGAACGACACCGGCGGGGACGUGGGUGCCAGUGUCCCCCCGCCGCUGCUCACAGACCACGCCGCCUGCGAUGUGGGCUUCCGGGACGGCUAUAAGGAGGUGCACGGGUACCUGGCGCUCAUGAUCUGCCUGCUGGGGGCCUUCACGAAUGUGUUGAACAUGGUGAUACUGACGCGGCGGGAGAUGAUCAACUCCACCAACACCAUCCUGACGGGGCUGGCGGUUGCUGACUUCCUGCUGCUGCUCGAGUACUCCUUCUACGCCGCCUCCUACAUCAAAGGCCAGGACUCCAUGUUCGAUAGCUACGUUCACUCCGUUUUCAUCCUCUUCCACGCUCAUUACACGCAGGUGACGCACACAGUAGCCAUCUGCCUCACCAUCACGCUGGCCGUCUGGCGCUACAUAGCCAUCUGCAAGCCUCACCUCAACCUGGUCCUGUGCACGCUACCCAGGGCAAGACUCGCGGUGUUCAUUGCUUACGUCAUAUCACCUAUCCUCUCCGUGCCCAACUAUCUUGUGUAUUCCAUUCAUCAGUAUUCGGACGAGUACAACAACGCGUCUCUGUACCACGUGGACUUCAGUGAACGGUCCAAGGCGUAUGACAGUCUGCUGCAGCGGAUCAACUUCUGGUUCCACAGCGUGCUUAUCAAGAUCAUCCCCUGCCUCCUCCUCACAGUCCUCAUCUAUCACAUCAUCCGCGCCAUGUACAUCGCCAAGCGCCGCAAGGAGAACCUCAUUAAGAUGGGGACGCCCUCGAUGGAGGCAGAUCGCAAGCUGCCCCGCAUGGAGAAGCUGACGGAGAAGACGACAAGAAUGCUGCUGACGGUGCUACUCCUCUUCCUGGCCACUGAGAUGCCACAAGGCGUACUGGCGCUUCUCUCUGGUAUCUACGGGAGGUCUUUCUUCAUGCACUGCUACCUUCACUGGGGGGAGGUGAUGGACCUGCUCGCCCUCAUCAACAGCGCCGUCAACUUCUUGCUCUACUACAUCAUGUCACAUCAGUUCCGGGUGACGUUCCGCUGCCUCCUCUACCCGCCGCCGCCCAUCAACCUGUCCCCGCGCAUCCAGGGGGAGACGGUAUCUACGCAGCUCUAAGCAUUCCCGCCCCAGUCCCCGCACCGGCAAGGGACUCUGGCAUUCCCCUUGCCCUCCGACCCUUCCCCAGGACCGUGGAGGCGUUCCCGUCCGCACAAGGGUUAAUGGUACUCGCUCCGCCCCGUCAGGAGGAUUUCACAGUGCUCCUGAAGGGUUUACUUGCUCGCCUCUUGCUGACCUGCCUAUCUGCCUUGGGACCGCCGCGCCCCUGCACCACAAUACCACAACUAUACUGACCCCUCUCAUACCUAUAAGGUUUUGGCGGCAAAGCCACACAAAAUCCUCAAGCUGACUUUGUACAUAGUAUUAUAAUUCGUCAAUAUUGACUUCCCCACAACUUACGCCACACACGGCUGCCCACAUCCCCUCUCUUCCACUGCAACGCUGCUGAGCCUCAGAUGCACGGCCUCCACUCCAAAGGCCAGGCAGGAGCCUUUCCAUGAACCUCGGGGCCUUCCAGGUACACACACGACAGCUACCAGCAGUUUAUUCUUUAUUUAGAGACGCGCCGCUAAGGUUUCGUCCACAGCCUCCUCAGCCCCGCGUCAGCCCUCACUGGCCGGCACGGCAGAAAUCCCUGCACGGUAUUCAUUUGCAGAAUGAAGUGCCCAUUCCGCUUCCUCGCCAACUCAGUGCCACAUCCCCCUUCCCCCACCUCAUUACCGGCACCACGAGUCACUCCCUAGCACACACGCACGGGAUGGCCAUACAGCUCGUGCGUCACUUACAUGGCUUUGAAAACGUGGAGUUAUUUUUUUUCUUUUUUUUUUUCAUGGCAAUGUUCACAACCCAAGGCUCUGCCUCCACCAACCACAGGCACAAGUGUAGUACCACCCCACCGCGGCACAUGCAGUGGUCAUCCGCAAAUGAACAACUGAAAACACACCAGACCGCCUCUUCACUACCAAGAACCACCUGACGGGACCUACAAGGCAGAAGCACAUGUGUAUCGUAGGCGUAGAGUUAGUUAUUAGCACCUACAUAACACUUAAUUUUAUAUGGGAAUGGACUAUGUAUACAUAUGUAUAUCAUUCUGAGCCUCUCGUUGCUUAUCAACAUUACAAAUAACCGUUCUUCGGUGUUCUGUUAGCUUUUUAGUGUGGCGGCGAGUGGAUGUCAAGGGCCCGGGGGCCGCCCUCCUCACAGGACUCCCCUCACCUGACUUUGUCCUGAGCCCCCAAGGUCACCCAGGUGAGGCAAGGGGUCACUAUGGGGUGACAUCAUACAGGUGCUGUGGAGGUCACCCCUCCUCACACCCAACACCCCAAGUGACCCCCGCCGUCCCUCAGGUCCCCGCCGCCGCCGCCCGAAUUGUUGCGUAGCGAGGGCUGUCCCGACGCACUGGUUGACACACAAUAAACUCGCAUAAUAAAGCGUUGUACAUA